AUGCUUAAAAUAUUUGGUUUAAAUAGAUAUAUCCACACCACCAAGAUGUCAUCGUUAACCAAAUAUGCUCCUCCAGCGAAUCGUCAUAUGACCAAAUUGGAUAAAUCUUUUUUUAUAACUAAAGUUCCUCUAUGUGUAAUUGAAUUUCCAGAUCCUAAAAAUAUUAGUGUUUUCUCCAAAAAGUUUAAGGAUUAUAUUUUAAGAAUCCCCAGAAUUCCUCAUGUCAUCAAAUUGUCCGAAACAGUAAAGAAUGGUGAUAAAACAUUGGCUUGUGAUAAUGGUAUUGUGAGAAAAGGUAUUCUCUUAUCUGAUAGCAUAUCAAAUAUGGAUGAUGUUGAGAAGAAAUUACCUGUUGAGGCUAAAACAUUUUUAAAUGAACAAAAUGCUACAAUUAAUCCUUACGAAUAUACUUUAGAUUAUGAUUAUUGGCAAGCCGAAGAUAUCCUAAGAGCCGUACUACCAGAAGAAUAUCUUGAUGAGAUCCCAACUGGCUUUACAAUUACUGGGCAUAUUGCUCAUUUAAACCUUAGAAAAGAAUUUAAACCAUUUGAUUCCUUGAUUGGACAGGUUAUUCUUGAUAAAAAUACUAAAAUUACUUGUGUUGUUGAUAAGGUUAGUUCGAUCGCUACAAAAUUCAGAACAUUCCCAAUGAAGAUCAUUGCUGGUAACGACAACUUGAUUGUUGAACAAAGGGAAUCCAAUUGUGUAUUUAAAUUCGAUUUCAGUAAAGUUUAUUGGAAUUCAAGAUUGCACACAGAACAUGAUAGAUUAGUAACCCAAUAUUUUAAACCUAAUGAAGUGGUAUGUGAUGUAUUUGCUGGUGUCGGUCCAUUUGCUGUCCCAGCUGGUAAGAAGGGAUCUAUUGUCUUGGCUAAUGAUUUAAAUCCAGAAAGUUUCAAAUAUUUACAAGAGAAUAUUAUUUUGAAUAAAGUUGAUUCUAUGGUUAGGCCAUUCAAUUUAGAUGGUGCUGAGUUUAUUAAACAGUCUCCUCGAUUACUAGAACAAUUGAUUUCUAGUUGUGAUAAUGGUAAGAUUCAAUUACGUUUGAAAUCAAAUAGAAAGAAGCAUAAGAAAAACGAACAUGCCAACGUUGUGGAGAACAAGCAAUCCUCUCAGCAACCACCAGAAUUUAAAGAGAUUAUAAUACCAAAUGAAAUUAGCCAUUUUGUUAUGAAUUUACCAGAUAGUGCAAUUGAUUUCCUUGGUAAUUUUGUUGGUUUGUAUUCUAAGGAUGUAGAUGCUAAUAUUAAGAAGGUAAUGCCAUGGAUUCAUGUCCAUUGUUUUGAAAAAUAUGGUAAUGAUGAAGAUUUAAGUAUGGAAGAAUUAUAUAGUAGAGUUCAUGCAAGAAUAUUAAAAUCCAUGGAUACGAAUUCUACAAUUUUACCAAUUGAAACUAUGUCCUUCCAUUUAGUACGUAAAGUGUCACCAACUAAACCAAUGUUCUGUGUGAGUUAUAAAUUACCCGCCGAGCUUGCAUACAAGAAAUAA